AUGCACGCACUUGAAUUGGCCCAUCAGUGCUGUGUAAGCGAUUUCUUCAUCCUGUGUCUGUCUGCAGACCUGACGUUGCUUGUGUUUGGACAUGCUGUCGCACACCUUGUAGAAUUGUGCCCAUGCUCGAGGAUGGUCGAAAUACGACAAGAGAAGAGGGAGGAAGAGCAGCGCAAGCUGAAAGAGCAGGAGGAGCAGCGCAAGCUGAAAGAGCAGGAGGAGCAGCGCAAGCUGAAAGAGCAGGAGGAGCAGCGCAAGCUGAAAGAGCAGGAGGAGCAGCGCAAGCUGAAAGAGCAGGAGGAGCAGCGCAAGCUGAAAGAGCAGGAGGAGCAGCGCAAGCUGAAAGAGCAGGAGGAGCAGCGCAAGCUGAAAGAGCAGGAGGAGCAGCGCAAGCUGAAAGAGCAGGAGGAGCAGCGCAAGCUGAAAGAGCAGGAGGAGCAGCGCAAGCUGAAAGAGCAGGAGGAGCAGCGCAAGCUGAAGGAGCAGGAGGAGCAGCGCAAGCUGAAGGAUCUGUUGGCGAUGGAAUACCCCAAGCUAGAGCAUGUGGAGUUGAAUCUUGCUGUUGAUCGAGCCAUCAGAAUUCAAGAAAGCACGGACAGGUCGAAGUCUGGCCUGUACUUCAUCUUCAAAUGCAUGGUGAAGGUUGAUAACGUGCAAAGAAAAGGGAUACUGAAAGCAGCAAAAGAUAAAACAAGCGAGGCAAAGCUGCGUCGUGAACUUUUGUUCUACACCAAGAUCCAUAGGGACAGCAAUGCACAAAAUUAUAUCGUCAAGGAUAUAUACAUGGAGGAGAAAUGGAGUGUGGACGGUUGCUGUGGUUUUCUUGCCAUAGUUACAGAGCGAGCAAAGCAAUCUCUUGCAGACUGGAUUGCUGAGACUGAUUUUGAAACACGUCAAGAUCACAAACUGGGGAUCUGCCGGCAGCUGGGGAGAGUUGUUUCUUACCUACACAAGCAAAAUCUGGUAUGGCUUGCAGUGAAGCCUACUAACUUUCUCAUGUUCAAAAACCACAAGAUCAAGGCUGUAGACUUUGAUUCUGCAGAUAUGGUCGGGGCUAAUGUGACCCGACGGAGUUUUGCAUACAGCGCACCAGAACUGAUGUUGAGAGACUCUGUUGCAGCUUCUUUCCUGAUGGACGCUUGGUCCUUGGGAAUGACCAUCUUCGAAGUUUUUACAGCUAGAAGCCUCUGCGCCUUGUUGGGACUGAGCAAUGAGGAUGACGUAGUACGGUUCUGGAACAACGAUGGGAGUGAAAGACUACUACAAGAGAAAGCAGGAGAGGUGUUGUCAAGCUCCAGUACUGACACGAGCCUGAAUCAUUUACUCUUCGGAAGAGACGGAGUCGGUGGCCUGCUGAGGGUGCAGACUUGCAGACGAAGCUCCGUGCUGCAGAGCAUGCAAGAUCGAUCCCUCUUCACGGACCAAGAAACGGUCGUAGGGAUUCACGCCCAGCUGAAAAAUAUACAACAGACUCUGGAACAAAUCAAGGGUCAAGUCAGCCUCCUGCAUCCUCUCAUCUGCGAGGGGCUUGACGGCAUCAUCGCUCAGGCUGCAACCAACGACAGAGUGCAGGAACAGUUGAAGAGGCUGAGCAUCAGCCUGCAGCAGAUACCCGACGUGACCAACGACCGGAUUGACUCUGACGACAUUCGGAGCUAUCUCAAGGAGAUCUACAAGGCGGUAAAGGCUUGUUCCACGACAUCCUCAGGCAACUCCUCCUUCUGUCUAGAAGACGUCAGUCGCACUCUCAAAGAAGCUCUUGCGCACUGUCAGAACGCGCGCAGCAGAGAGGAGAAGGAGAUGCUCAGCAAGGUGCUCGAGCAGACUGCAGCCAUGAAGUCUCAGCUGGACAGGGUUGAGAAUCACAUGACUGACAUCAGAUCAAACCUCAAGAGGGCAGUCGCGACUAGUCGGUCAGCGGUGGCCUCAUUGAAUGAGCUCUGUCUGGCAGAGUCUCGUGACAGGUUGGCUCCGUACUUUGUCUGGAUCUACCCAGCUGAGCGCAAGAAAAGCCUGUUGAGCCGAUUGAACCCGGAGAACUGGGUCUACCAAAGAGUUCACAUCCGAUUCAUCUGUCCUGUCAGUCUACGGAUCUGCGAGCAAGGGUUUCAAACUGUGGAGAUGAAGAGCUGGUUCAAGCGAGCGCUCCCCUAUCUCAAGGCUGCCUUGCUCGUCCUGGAGAUCGCUCUCAACGGCGCUGCUGGCAGCAUUGGCCUGCCAUGCCCGGCCCUCGGAGGUCAGAUACCCCGAGAGACGCGCGAGCUGGAAGCGGUGAAGGCUCUCAGCGCCUUCGUGACAGAGGUGGCGGUGAAAGAGCAAGUGGACCUGGAACCCAUCGAGAGCUAUCUGAGGGGUCGGGGAGGAGGGCAGGGGCUGUUGGAGGCGAGUCGUCGUAGCCUGAGAAGCAGCAACAGAGUUGUGGCAGAGCUGAUGGAAACUAUUGACAGGGGAUGGGUGGACAAGACCGGGCUCAAGUUCGUGACUGCCGAGGAUGGAUCUGUGGAGUGGGUACAUCCGUCGCUGCUCGCCAUCAACGCUGCAUUCGCGUUCCUGCUUCUGCUGUUCUCGUCCUUCAUCCCUCUGAGGCAGCCCGAUCUGCCCUAUCACGGCCCCCUGCAGAAUUCCAUGAUAACCCGCUUUCACACGGCAGCCCGUGUGAAAGCUUAG